AUGAUUGUAAAUCCAAAAGUAUUACAGGUUUGGUUCAAAAACCAUAGGGUAAAACUCUACAUCUGCUCCAAAUUUACUGCUCCCAGAGACCACUGGGUUGUUCACAAAACAGUCCACUUUGGCUGCUGCUUCACUUCCAACAUGUACUGCUUCCAUCCCAUUUUGGAAUCUGAAGUUCUUUCCGCACUUUACUUUUAA